GGGGUCGCGCCCGCCCGCCGCUCGCCGCUUUCCCGGGGAUUGCUACUCCGCUUUGAACUUAAAUGAACUAGCCCCGGACCGCGGGAGGAGGAGGAGGAGGAGGGAGAGCCGCGUUCUCUGCGCCUUCUGCCGCCUGGCCGCCGGCCGCACCUUGCUCCAGCACCCCCUCCCCGCCGCCGGGGAUGCUCUGAGCCCUCCCAGCCAUGACACCCACCUGCCCCCCGGCGCCGCCAGUCCCUCGCUCCCACGGACUCUGCUGACUCCGCCAGCCCCGCCGCCCCGGCCCCCCAAGGCCGGCGCAGCCCUCCCGCCCCCCGGAAAGUACUUCGCUGCCCGCUCCGCCGGGCAGGGGGCCCAGCGCACCCCGCCGUUCCCCUCCUUUCCUCUCCUUGUGUGCUUUUUUGUUUUGUUUUGUUUUCGUUUGUUUUGGUUUGUUUUUUUUUCUCCCCUAAGUCUUGAAGUUGAGUUUUAGAGGCGACACGGCGGCUUCAGCCGAUUUCUUCCCCUUCCUUUGCCUCCCCAUGGAUAUGCACUGCAAAGCAGACCCCUUCUCAGCAAUGCACCGUCCAUCCUUUUACCCUGACUGAUACUGGGCUUAGAGAGGCGUUCAGAAGGCAGGACGGAUACCGCCGGCCCGAGCAGCAGAGCGAGGAUGCCGGGCAUCCCCGGAGCCGGAGGCAGCAGACCUCUGUGCCGGCAGUGGGGCGGGGGCCAGGAACCCCAGUGCGGGGGCAGAGGCUGUGUGCGGCUGUGCCUGUGCUACGAGCCCUGUGUGCGCGAAAGAAAGCACCCCCCGAAACAGAACUAUCCUCUGCAAAGACACUUUCCCCAUUGCCCCUCAAACAACACGAGUUUAUUCUGACUCGUGUCAGCCUCCGGGACGGACCCUUUCCCUGUCCGUGCCCCGCCGGGCCGGGGCUCCCUGCAACCCUGCUUGGCUUUAACCCCCCAGAUUCCCCCGCGACCUGAUGCUGUUUGCUUUGAUUUCGGAUUUCAGUGGCAGAGAGGGGAGAUGCCAGUUUCAAAUUAACGGCGGGUUGGUCGGUGACUGUUCCGUGCUUCGUUUUGGUUUGGCAAAAGGUUGGACUGCAGGAAAAAUAGGACAAUAUUAUGGCUAGGAGAUGGAGUGGUUUUGGAGGCUCCCAAGAAGUCACGAUCCCUCCUGGUUUAUUUACCAGAUCCCCGGUGUGCAUUUUAAAUGCAUUCCUGGCACAAAGUGCAUUCAUGAUAUAUUUUCAAUUUGAAAAACCUUUCUGUAAGACAGGGACGAAGGAAAGCGAAAGCCCCCUUUACCAGAGGCCGUAACAGGAAUUUCCAGUGACUUUAAUUUCAUCAUUCCCUCCUCAUUUCAGGAGGGAAAAUAAUUCCGCGAUUUAAAUUAAAGAAGAAAAAAUACAAAUGGAAAGCCGAGAUCGAGAGCACGUUGAGUCAGGAAAUGAAUAAUUAAGAGCAAUUUGUAACUUUUGACACUGAAACUUUUGAGGACACGCCCUGCCUGCUGCAUAAAAUACAAAUCGAAAAGAUAUAAAAUAGAAAUACUUGAAGUUUAAAAAAAAAAUCCCGAUUUUGCCGUGAGAAGGAAGGUUAAGAAAUACAAACCCAUUAUUAGAUUCCUAAACGUGGAUGUAGGUAACUGUCUUUCUGUUUCCAAAUAACUGAUUUCCGGGAUAAAUUGCUUAAAAUGUGGAGUUUAAAUUCCGAAGACCUUUAACAGCAAACAGUCCGUGCAUUAGGCACUAUUUUUAGUUUUCAGCGGUGCGACCUGCUUUCAGACGCAAUUGCAGUAAUACCGCCUCCAGUAUGAUCCGGAACAUAUAGGCAGACGAAAGAGGUGUUUUGCUGUCGCUGAUUUUUUAAAAACUCCAGUGAGAUUCAUGAACAAUUUUUGGCUUCCGAUUAGGGAAAAAAAAAUCAACAUCCGAUUCGUUUCCCAAAGUGUAUUUCUAAAGCUACAGACCUGGAUAUUAGUAAGCAAUUAAAACAGAUGCGGGCGCAGGCUCUUGACACACAGACAGACAGCAACACAGGAUCGGUACGGGAGCGGCACGGCUCGGUAUGUGCAUAUACAGACGCCGGCACUUAUAUGCAGAUAAAUACAUGAAAAUAUCUGACUGCUCUGAUAGAAAGAACCUUAGAAAACCACAAGGCAGAGCAAAACAAACUCGUGUGAAAAAUAUCCAGACUGCAAUAAUUUGAAUUAUUAAUUUUUAAUCUUUUUGCAUCAGUUGCCUUUUAAUACUUUGUAAUGCGAGUUAUAAUAGGUGCCUUGAAUUAUUUAUCAUGGAGUUGCCGAAGAAAUUGCUGUCUUGUAACUUUAGAGGCAACAUGUGCAGAAGGGGUUCUGAACAAAUGAAGGAAGCACAGAGCAACAUAUACCCGCAGGUUUUAGUGGCGGAAGACAAAUAUCCCCCCUCCUCUCUAAAACUCUAAAUAUGUUUUUAAAAAAACUAACAAAAGAACGCAACAAAUAACCCCGGUUCACCAAGGAACGACGAGGAAGCCUGCCGGCGCCCCGGCCGAUGCAGCUGGGAAGGGAUGUAUGAAGGUGUUACCGAAGGGGUGGGGGAGAUGGAAAAAACUCUAUUUGUGCGAAAGGACUUGGAUCGAUCGCAGGGCAAUGAGAGUUUCCACUAAGUUCAGAGCCAAUAAGUCAGUGUCAGAAGCAAGGGAGAAAAAAACCUCAGCGAAAAUACAAACAGAUCAUUUUUCAGCAAACUACAAAACGAACUAAGAUCUCUUGGCGAGGAAGAUACAGAAGGUUAGGGUUGUGUGAAAGGAAAGCUUUAAUACAGUGUGCACUCCACAGCUAUAUCAGUUGGAUAUUCCAGAGAUAGAGACACUGAGGUAGCAGCGCCAGCGAAGCUGUACCGCCUGCGAGUGGGUAUCUCCCCACGCCCGGGCAAAGAUGAACUGCUCCCGGCUCUAACGUAGUAGUUUGAUUCACAACCAACUGUCUUGCUGCGUCCUAAAAGGAGAUAUUUCCCUUUAUCCCUGUCAAUCCGUUUCUCGUGCCCGCGCUUAGCAGGUGCAUACUUAUUUUUUUUCUCCAAGUUGUUUCUCGAAAUGGAGAAAGAUAGAUGGGAAAAAAGCCAUCCUAGCAGUCCUAUCUGAGAGAGGGCGGAUUUUUGCCUCUAAAGGGGGGAACGGAAGAAAACGAAGCAUUUUUAAUUCUCCCUGAACUAGAUUUGCGUGGUGGGAAAAAAACCGGACCAGUGCGAGUCUGUCAGAUUUUUUUUUUUUAACUGGAGAAUUUUUCCUGUAAAGAUCGAAAGCAGAUGAGAGAGAGGGUCCGUCUAUAAAGGAACACCGGUCGCGGGACCAAAAAUAUUUUCUUUCUCUCCCCUUCCCUCUCUCUCCAUUUCUUUCCCUUUCUCUUUUUCUCUCUGAAUCCCUUCAACUCGCAGCCCAAAAUAACGGGAGAGGACGGCUUGCAUGGGGGACAUGCCGCGGGGUGAGGGAGGGCGGAGUUCGCGAGGAACUGUAAUUGACAAUGUGAUAGAAAAUCCUGGAAAGAAAAUGAGAGAAAAAAGCCCAGGAGUAAAGAGAAGGGGGACUGCGGCGGAGUCCGCUCGGAGCCGCUAAGAGGUCGAGCUCCGGAGUUUGGGAGCGCAUCGCUGCCCAACUCUGGGGAGAGGAGCGGGCGCGGGCACUGUCUCCGUCUUCGGCCCACCACAAUGGCCCUGAGAAGCCACUGCUCCGGCAUCCCGGUCGGGAUCGCAGGAGGGAGAGCGGCUCUCCGGCCCAGAGACGGGAGGCGGCGUACGGGAAGCUGGAGAAGCGUCCCCCUCCGACUCGGGAAAAUUCACUCAGCCUUCUCAUUCCUUUCCAUCUUUCCUCCUUUCUCUUUUCCUCUUCCGUUAUCUUUCUUCCUUUCUUAGUUCUUUUUUCCUCUGUCUUCUUUCUUUCUUUCUUUUUCUUUCUUUCUUUCAUUCCUCUCAUUCUCCCUGUUUUUUCCUCUUUCUUUCUCUUCCUUUUUAUCAUUUUCUCUCUCUCCCCAACGUCUUGUUCCCCAUUCUCGACCCCCCGCCAUCACCUCCAUCCAUCUAUAAUGACUGGAGAUUUUGCAGUACGGGUGGUGAAGAAUCCACGACUAACGGUGUGUUUCUGGUGUGCGUGGGUUGUUGUGUUUUUUUUUAUUUCUCUUUCCCCAGCAGGGCACGGGGGUGUGAACCAGCUCGGGGGGGUGUUUGUGAACGGCAGGCCCCUACCUGACGUGGUGAGACAAAGGAUAGUGGAGCUGGCUCACCAGGGGGUGCGACCCUGUGACAUUUCCAGGCAGCUGCGGGUCAGCCACGGUUGUGUCAGCAAGAUCCUGGGCAGGUAUUACGAGACGGGGAGCAUCAAGCCCGGCGUGAUCGGCGGCUCCAAACCCAAAGUAGCCACCCCCAAAGUAGUGGAUAAAAUCGCCGAGUACAAGAGACAAAACCCGACAAUGUUCGCCUGGGAGAUCCGGGACAGGCUACUGGCCGAGGGCAUCUGCGACAACGACACGGUCCCCAGCGUCUCCUCCAUAAACAGGAUCAUCAGAACCAAAGUUCAGCAGCCUUUUCACCCAACACCAGAUGGGAGCGGGACAGGUGUGACUGCACCAGGACAUACUAUUGUGCCCAGCACAGCAUCCCCUCCCGUCUCCAGUGCCUCCAAUGAUCCAGUGGGCUCUUACUCCAUUAACGGGAUCCUGGGGAUUCCUCGGUCGAAUGGCGAGAAGAGGAAACGUGAUGAAGAUGUAUCCGAGGGCUCAGUUCCCAAUGGAGAUUCCCAGAGCAGCGUGGACAGUUUGCGGAAGCACCUUCGUGGCGACACUUUCACCCAGCAGCAGCUGGAAGCUUUAGAUCGAGUUUUUGAGCGUCCUUCUUACCCUGACGUCUUUCAAACAUCAGAGCACAUCAAAUCUGAGCAGGGUAAUGAGUACUCCCUCCCAGCUCUGACCCCUGGUCUCGAUGAAGUCAAAUCAAGUCUAUCCACCUCUGCUAACCCAGACCUGGGGACAAAUGUGUCAGGACCCCAGACGUACCCUGUGGUGACCGAAAACCUCUCCUCUCCCCUCAGUAUAAAGCAAGAGCCUCAUGGAGCCUCUCUCACCCCUUUCACCCCCACCACGCCGGUCGGCUCUGGGCAGGCUGAUCUUCAGCCCUUCCACAUGGCCCUUUCAGACGAUGCGUCCACGCCCUGCUACAGUGCCUUCCUUCAUCAUGGUGCCCACUUUGGGCAGUCCAGCAGCCAGCCUCUGAUAGCAGGUCGUGAUAUGGCAAGCACCACCUUGCCUGGCUACCCACCCCAUGUUCCCCCAACUGGACAAGGCAGCUACCCAACCUCAACUCUUGCAGGAAUGGUUCCUGGGAGCGAGUUCUCAGGGAACCCCUACAGCCACCCUCAGUACACAACCUACAACGAGGCCUGGCGGUUCAGCAACCCUGCGUUACUAAUGCCACAUCCCGGGGCUCCGCACCUCCCACUGCUGCCGCUGCCUAUGACCGCCACUAGUUACCAUGGAAACCACAUGAAACUGCAGGGCGACAGCUUAGGCCUCCACAUUGUACCUGUCUGAUCACCUCCCUCAUCCCUGGGAAGGGUGAAGAGACCUUCUCCGUUCCUCCCCACAGUCCAGUUCCUUCCUCUUCGCCAUGAAGGCGCCGGACCAAGCGCUCACCACAUGAGACUGAGACCCCCUCCCUCCCCCUGCCCUCCGCCCCGACCGCUUCCCCCACGCCGGGAACAGCCUGCGGCCAAGUGGCUUCUCCUGUGGGAGCCCUCCAAUGCCCCUGGGUAAAGCUCAGCCACAUGAAGUCCACUCGGCUUCCAGAACUCCAGGGGGACUGGGAAGCAAUGCAGCUGGCAACCAUUGCCUUACAGGACCCCUUUCUGGGAGCGGUAAGGGCCAGGGAAACAGGGGAGAAUGCCGCUCAUGAAACACUGUUCCCCAAAGAUAUACUCUUCUGUGGUGGACUCUUGAUGUGUGUAACCUGUGAUGGUCACCCUGUUCCCAGGACAGAGGGAACAGUCUGGCUAGAGCAGAGAUGGCAGUACAGAGCCCUGGCCCAUCUGGCAAUGAAGAAAGGACCAAGUAAUGAUCUGCACCCCAUGAGGGGUUCUCUGUGCACCUCAUCCCCACUCUCCAGCAUGGAUUCCCCCAGAGUUGGCUGCACCUCACGGGUGGUGACUUUGCAGGCCAGAAUUGGGAGGAACCUCACACAUAUACCCACAAUUUCUGUGACACACAAUCAGCUCAGACAGGAGGAUGGAGCAACAUUUACAAACAAACCGACGAAAUGAAGAAAUAUAUAAAUAGAUAUAUAAAUAUAACUGUGUUUUUAUGCUUUGUCAUGAAGGUCUGUAAAAAGGAACAAAAAAAAUCCCCAAUUUUCUAAAAAACCCAAGUGAACAAAACCAACAAAAAAACCAAAAUAAUAAUUAAAAACCCUACAAAAAUAAAACUCCAAGUCCCAUCCCUCCCCACCACCUGAAUGGCAGACAAGUUCCUCUGACGUUUGAUGCUCCUCUUUCACUCUAGGGUUUUGUUUCCUUUCUGUUUUGCACUACAGUGGGAUGGUGGUAUUGGAGAGGAUUGGAUGCCAGCUCCACCCGGGAGCCUCCUCCUCCUCCCCCUUUCCCAAAAUCCUGUCUCUGGGGAGCAGUGUGGACAAGUCACAUCUGACAAAGUUACCAAACACAUCAGUCGACAAAAAAAGCACUCUGAGUCAACAAACGUUUUCCAUGUCACUGGUUGGCAAACAAAGAAAACAAGCCCAGCUGCGCUCUAACUGCGCUGUGUGGUGGAAAGUGUGGGGCUUCAUCUGGGCCCAUCUGAUUGCCCUCUGGACAGCUGAGACUGAGAUGGACAAAUUCAGGAUUGGCUGGGAUUAUUGCUUGGUUCCCUAGCCCUUAGCCUUCAGUCCUUUUACCUUAACCUCUACUCAUGACGACUUCAGUUCACCCACAUCCCAACUUUCGCAAUUUUAGAUAUGCCCAACACCCAUUCUCUGCUGCCGGUGACAACAGCCUCAUUAUCUGUGCCCAACACCUGAUUUCCUAAUCACUAUAGCCCUGCUAUAUGGGCCCCCCUUUGAUUCCCAGUCCAUCUGCUCAUACACCUAGUAAUUUAUAGGCCCCACUCAAAUCCAUAUGCCUGCAUCCUACCAGCCAGUUCCAACAUACAGCCCCAUCUUUCCAUGUUCAAUCCUACAUUGUGCAUCCUAAUAUUUACCCCUUAUCCCAAAUGCUCACCUGAUGAUUCUCUAGGGAUUCUCUGCUCUUUUUGGUUCCCAAGUGACUGACAAACACUGUUCUGCAAAAGGCUAACUGUCAAUAGAAAUGCUUAUUACUUCUGUAUUGUCAGCAAACUCAUAAACUGUUCCUUGCACUGACACUUCCUAAAAAAUUACUCAAAGAAAACAUGAAGGCAGCUAUAGCCUGCCCCCAGGGCAUCAAGUCUGCCAAAGUAGAUCCUUGUUGUUUUAGAGAGGUUUCAGAUAAAACUCAUGGGCUAUUGUCCGUGGACAAUGACAGGAUUGAGAAUAAAACCCCCAAAGGGCAUAGAAAUGAACAGUGGAGCAAUCUGUACAGCCAACAUCAUGUAUAAAAUCCAAAGUUCAAAGCCUCUGAGGAGAUGUGGUAGUGGACUCUAUUCUGUCUCCAAGUUAAACUUGUAUGUAUGAAAUCCACCAUCAGUAAACAGCUGUGUUGAUCCCAAAGGCCCCUUUCACCUCACUCUUUUAGCCUUUGCAUGGAUUUAGCUGAUUAUAUGUCCGUGUCUUCUUUAAUGGGUUGCCCAAAUGAUAAGGGAAUUUGGGGGGAUAUUUACAUAGAAGAUAUAGAGCUAAAAUCUGUUCCUAUGCAGAAUAAAAUCAAAGAGGUUACUCCUGAUCUGUUAAAAGUGUCAUUCUGCACAUCUUACCUCUGAGUAACCUGCUGCAAAUAGCAGAGUUAUUACACUAUCACUGAGACCAGAAUUUGGCCUGUUAUCCCAUCUUAUUCUUUGAGACAAGAAAAUUCUGUGCAAUUUCUAAAAAUAUACUUUCACCACUCCUCCUCUUUUCCUUCACAGACAUCAGAUAGAUGCUGAACCCUGUUAGUAGUGUCUCACUUUUAGUCUCUCAGUACAACCUUUGCUCUAUUUGUGCACCACCCAGAUUCACUCAGUAGGUGGUCAGGGCAGAGGCAAUAAAUCCCAGGACCAACAAGGAGAAGGUCCUGAGGAGACUAAAGAAAAGAGACUCUCACACCUC